AUGUGCAGAUGGACGCCGUCCGUAGCUCAUCUCUGUCCUGAACCUGCCCUUGGCACCACUACUGCAGCCUCUGCUGGGCGACCUCUCCCCCUGCCCAGCGCAGCCUCCCUUUGCCUGGCAUGCUUCACCCUGCUCCUGGUCACCGCUGGCACUGCCACAGGGGCCUGUCCUCCCGGGGUUGGGCAUGAACCCCUUCAGGUGUUGGCGAGUGGCAUGAACUGUUCAUGGACGUUGGAAAGGCACACUCGCAGUUACAAUCACCUAGAGGGCGACGUCCGACUACGGCGACUUUACUCUGCCAACAAGUUCUUCCUCUGCAUUGACAAAACAGGCAAGGUGGACGGCACCCGGCGGAAAAACUACGCAGACAGCCUGAUGGAAAUCCGAUCUGUCAGUGUGGGAGUUGUUGCCAUCAAAUCUGUCAGCACCGGGCUGUACUUAGCUAUGUCCAAGAAAGGCACACUCUUUGGAUCGGUGAAGUACAACCCGAGCUGCAAGUUCAAGGAGCGCAUUGAGGAGAACGGCUACAACACGUACGCCUCCCUCCGCUGGAAGCACGGUGGCAGGCAGAUGUUUGUUUCGCUGAACGGGAGGGGGAAGCCCCGACGAGGUCACAAGGCUCGACGAAGGCAUCCGUCUACUCACUUCCUACCCAUGCUCCCCUCCUAGCUGCCCAAGUCUGAACUCUGACCAGCAACUGGCUGGCUCCCCCUGCCUCCUCACACUAGCGUUCUUCUAGUCGUGACGGCAAUCUUUAUUUUUAUUAUUCCAUCCUCCUGUCACAUAAAUGUACAUUUGUUGAGGUUUGUAACAU